UCUCAGAGAAUUACGACUGAGGCGAAACGAAAUGACAAGAGCUGUAAGAAAUACAAUGGUAUACUCUGUUUAUUUUAUAUAAAUUGUGUUGUAUAUAAAUACAAUUAAUCACAAAUCUUUGGGACCACAGCGGUGAAUAAGCUGCCUGUCUGUGUUACAUAUAAGCAUGGAUGACAUUGUUUUCUGUCUUCUUGUAAUUUUAUUAACUGGAUCUGAUGGAGCCACGUGUGAUAGGGAUGCCAAGGUUUGUGAGUUCUGGUUGACCGUUGAUUUCAAGUUGACAAUGAUGAACGGUCAGAUAUCUGUUCAUCCAUAUCGAGGCCAACUUUACAACUUUAACGAUACGAGGAAUGUUAAUCCCAUCACAGACACACGCGAUAUCAUCACUGCCGACGGUUGGGUUGAUUCCAAGCUAGUUAUUGUGGCCAAUGGUACCUUACCAGGACCCUCAAUAGAAGUUUAUGAAGGUCAGACAGUUAUAGUCCAUGUCAAAAACAACUUACCAAGUGAAGCAACCUCAAUACAUUGGCAUGGUCUUCAUCAACGCGACACUCCCUGGAUGGAUGGUGUUGCAUUUGUUACACAAUGCCCCAUUGAACCUGGACAAUCAUUUACAUAUCAAUUCACAGCUGCGCCGAAAGGUACCUUCUUGUAUCAUUCUCAUAUCGGGGUGCAGCGGACAAUGGGCCUGUACGGGCCUUUCAUCGUACGGGAGCGCACAACAGAGUCUAUGCCAGAGUUCGUGGCUGUCAUUAGCGACUGGAAUCACGACGGGGAUUCUAACGAACAAUAUUUUAAAAUGUUAUAUGGUCUAUACAUCAAUGGCAAGCGUGUACAGCAAACAAAAUCAUUGGAUGGUGCGAAUUUUACUAUGUUUAAUUUUCAUUCAGGGCUGAUCAACGGAAAAGGGAGGUUUCGUUAUGAAAAUGGAUCUUACAACGAGGCCCCCUUGCAUGUAUUUCAGAUAACCCGUCGGACAGUGUACAAAUUUCGGUUUAUUAAUUCCGGAAAGGAGUAUCCGUUUAAAGUCUCAAUUCAGGGUCAUAGUUUGACCGUCAUUGCUGCUGAUGGAUACGAUUUAAAGCAAGCUACAGCUGACUCGGUCAUUAUCAAUCCUGGGGAAAGAUUUGACUGUACCAUUGUCGCUAAUCAGAAGAAUAACCUGAAUUACUGGAUUCGGGCUCAGACGUUGGAAGUCGGUAAAGUACACGUUGCUGAAGCAAUAUUGCGUUACCCAAAUGCACCAAAACAGCAACCCCUGGGACCCUCUGUGGAAAGGCAAUGCACCGUUAUCGAACCAUGUGAUGUAAUUAACUGUCCCUUUUCCUAUUAUCCGAGUGUAGCAAACACUGAAUGUUUUACAUUUGAUCAAUUGACGAGCUCAAUAUACGACAAUGAUCCAGCACCCACGGCACCCAGCGACGAGCUUCAAGAACGAUUCCUAAAUUUCGCUUUCCCUGGAAAUGUUGUUAGACCAGGAUCUGUGAAUGGACGAUCUUUCGUCCAUCCACCAGUAGCAGCUUUAUCCGAACCACAAGAACUAGCUAAUUACAAGUGUGGCGAUGACUGUGGAGAACAGAAGAUAUGUAACUAUGUUGGAAACAUUGGCAUAGUUGUUGGGAUUCUGAUCUGUGCAUGGAGUGUGUAUUUGUGUUGAUGAUGAAAAUGCACCUUUCAAAGCGUCGCAUAUCCGAUUGGUGGGUGGACCUGUUCAUCAGAACGAUGUCAAAUAGGUCCUCUAAUGAUAUAUUAUUAUUCCAUAUGCUUAGACAAAUAAUUAAACCUAGCUCUGAUUGGUAUAAAUGAAUAUUCCCGAACAAAUGAAUAUUCCAGAAAACUGAGGAGGGCUUAACAGAUGUUGAACCUUGGACCAAACUUGAGAUAGUGUGCUGCAAGGCUUCUUUUUGAAGUUUUGUAAGUGGAAUGUUAAACCAAUGUAGAUUGGACUAACCAGCUGCGAGUAACUGCACUUCAUUUUGGACUGCUCACUUAUUUCGACGAACAAAACUAAAACUACGAUAAAAGAUUAAAAAAUGAAUGUAAAUAGUUUAAAAUCCGUUUAUAUACCCUCGUAUUACAUAAUAAUGUGGCUUUUGACCCAUUUUAGGUUCUAAAGAAUAGAGACUUGGCUACCUUAAACAUACAUUAUGUAAGAGCUAAAUCUGCCUAUUGCGGGUCUUUCUUUAGGGCUGAAAUGUUAUAUAAACUAUUAAUUAGACAUUUAUUAACAAGAUAAGACCAUAAUCAACGCUCGAUGGCAUAGGAUACACGAGAUUUUAACUAGAUUAGAACGGUUCGCCAUUUAAAAUAUUUAUGCAUGUAAUUUGUUCUGUGAUAUAAUUUAAGCCCGUCUCGAAAUAAUCACCAUAUGUUUGGCGCAAUAUAGCCCGGUUGGAGCUGACGUGCCAUUAAACAACAUUUAGUUCUUUCUUUCCAUUUAAAAAUUCAAUUUAAAACUGUGAAAGCGAGGCUAAGUCUCGAAUAUACCAGUGCCCUGGUUACCACAAUGCAUACUUCUUGUCAAAACAACAAACAGUGAUAACUUGACUCAGAAUGAAGUAAUAUGAAUGAAAUUUUGAAUAUUUUCAUUUUACAUUAUCUAUUUUUGAGCUAUUAUAGCAAGAAUGGCCAGGUUUUUUUUUUAUCGAAAUCUUACAUAAUGUAUCUUUAAGAGUGAAUUGCAUACACUAAUGUGUUGAUGAUGGAUUCCGUUAGCUUUGUUACUCAAAAGCGAGGAAGUAUGGAAGAACGGGCGGUGGGGGCGGGGGACGUUUUAUUUUAUAUACAUUUGAUUUGUUUAAGUAUUGUGUAUUAUUUUAUUAUUUUACCAUGGUGGCUAAUCGGCCAGAAUAAAAUACAUUCCAUUAUCGGUACCGUGUUUGUGAAAGACACUUAAUGACCCUUAUUCUUCUCUUAUGCACUGUCGUACGAAACUAUCGCUUGAAACAUCUGAGAAAAUAUCUAUAUUUUCUCCGUAGGUAGCGUGUCUCUCUGUAUAUGUUCAGAAUGAUGCACUGUUUGAAAUGAAUUGGAAUUUAACGGCUUACGGCUUUGUCUUAGUUCUUUGGUGCACGAACCGGGCUUAUGAAGCCGGGCAUAUACCAAAAUGUUUCCCGUACAACCGCGCUCUCUUAUUUCGAUUUCGAACUGUCGGCGGAUCUUUAAGGUUCUGUCAAUGGAACCCCGGUGUUUCGUUCCAUCCGAACGACUAGACACUUUCCAUAGUCAACCCCAAUGACUUGCAUCACUGACAAAUAGCAACCAGGUUCGAUCAAACCCUGAAGACCUUUCCCCAUAUUGCUCGUUGUGUAUAUAUACAAUCUCUAUAUCUAGUUUCAUUUUCGUUGAGCGAUUCACUGAAACAGCCAGUUAAAACAUACAUUAUGCAAGAGCUAAAUCUGCCUCGGUCAAUUAAUAACAUAGAUAAUGUUUUGGACUUUAAAAUAAUUGUAAUAAACAACAACUUAUUUUGUCGGUUCAUUUUA